CAGAACUGUUUUCGUCCUUUUUGCAGAGUAAUUUUUGAGAUUUUCACUGUCGAUCAGAUAUUGCCUUUUUUUUUCUUGCCGACCUUGCAAGAAAUUGGGCAAAAUGUGUUUUAUUUUAUUCAUCUAUUUUAGAAACAACUGGACCUGUAGCGUAGAUUCCAACACUCAUUUAUAUUCUUUUUUGUGAAUAGUCCCAUGGUUUGGUACAUUACAAUUAUUUAAAAAUGAGAGUUCCUGUUAUUGCUAUCAGCAUAUGGAUGUUCAUCUGUAUGAUAUUAUUUGGAGUUAUUGGCUAUGCCUAUGUUUUGUGGAGUCAAUAUUGGCGCACAGCUCUUGAGAAGAAGCAGAUAAUGUUGCGUAAUGUUCAUAUUAUGCAGAGAGAAAAUCAGGUAUUCAGCAAUGGUGUACCAACUAUCUUACGAAGGAACUCAUCUGACAAUAUGCCUAUGGAUAAAUUGAAAAGUAAAAUUCAUACAUAUAGAAGUCAACUGUUAAUACAGCUUCGUAAGGCUCAGUUAGUUGCUGGAAAUGUAAUUUUUCACAAAGAAAAAGAAGGAACGAACAUUUAUAGGGUCAAAUUUAAAAGACAGAAUGUGAAAUUGCCGGAUAAAAGUCGACAAGAGCUCAUAUGCGAGCUCAAAGAAAAGGUAAAUGUUGAUAUGUUACAUAAAAAUAUUGAACCUUUCAAGACUCUAAAUUAUGAAAAAUAUUUUCCUCAAAAAUCAUUCUUUGAUAUCUUUGAUAAACACAACACUUGUGCCAUUGUUUCCAGUGCUGGUUCUAUGUAUCGGUCCAAGCUUGGCAAAGAAAUAGAUUCACAUGACAUUGUCCUGAGAUUCAAUAGUGCACCAACUGAAAACUAUGAAGAAGAUGUUGGGUCAAAAACUACAAUUAGAUUUUUGAAUUCUCAAGUUGUUUCAAAGCCAGAGUUUGACUUUUUUAAUUCACCAAUGUAUCGAAACAUUACUCUAGUAGUUUGGGACCCAUCAAAAUACCAUGGAUCACUUGAAGAGUGGUACAAAAAACCAGAUUUUGAUUUAUUUUCACCUUACUGGUUGCAUAGAGAAACAUAUCCAGAUCAACCAUUUUAUAUUUUACACCCAGAAGUUCUUUGGAAUUCAUGGGAUUUCAUUCAAACCAAUACCUUGGUGCCUGUUGAACCUAAUCCCCCAUCUUCUGGAUUCUUAGGAAUAGUCACUUUGCUUCACUUAUGCAACUCAGUUGAUAUCUACGAAUAUGUGCCAUCAAUGAGACUGACAAAACGUUGCCAUUAUUUUGAUGUUCAUGAAGAUAUAGGAUGCACACUUGGAGAUUGGCAUCCCUUAGCUUCAGAAAAACUUAUUUCUCUUUUUCUGAAUGAAGGUACUGAUAAAGACAUUUUUGUUACUGGCAAAAUUGUUCUCUCAGGUUUUGGUAAACAGAACUGCUAA